AUGUUAUCGUCUUGUACUACCAUGUGCUCAUUUGAAGUAAAAGUUUCCCCGCAUACAUCCUUAAAUACUUCUAAGGGUGUUAUUUCAGCGUCAGAAUUCAUCGACGACACUGAGGAAACACUAAUUGAAAAUUUAAAAGAUCAAAAAGUCAUUUCUGUUCGUCGCAUUCGAAUUCGCCGAGAUGACAAACUUAUUCCGACUAAACACCUCAUACUGACUUUCAACCAACCAAAGAUACCGCCAUCUAUUAAGCUUGCUUGGUACAAUUACCCAGUAAGACACUAUAUACCAAACCCUUUAAGGUGCUUUCAGUGCCAAAAAUUUGGCCACUCGAGAGCAUCUUGUCGAGGACAACUUACAUGUGCUCGAUGUUCUGUUGCUGGCCAUAUGGAGGCAUCCUGUAAGGUGCAGCCCUUCUGCAUUAAUUGCAAGGGCAACCAUGCUGCAUUCUCCAGGAACUGUCCUAAAUGGUCACAAGAGAAGGAGAUUCAAAGCGUGAAAGUGUUACAAAAUCUGACCUUUAUAGAAGCCCGUAGAAUAGUCACCGCCCGUACUCCCCGUCCGGGCGUAUCCUACUCUGCGGCUGCUAAAGUUUCAUUUUGUUCAGUCAGUACACAAACUGACAUACCUGUAUCUUCACAGAAGCUUCAGUCAUCUAUUCAAAAGCCCAAAUUUAAUUUUACGAAUCCAUCGACAAAAACUCUUAGAACCACAUCACCUCCUCCUACCAAAACAUCUAAAAUUGAUGGUUCUGAAAAGGCUCGACCUUUUCCUAAACAACCCCCUACGAAAAAACUAUUUCCAAUUGAAAAACCUGGUCUUUCCCGAAAGAAAAAGGAUCCAAAGUAUGUCCAAUAA